AUGAGGGACAAUAUCCUUGUGCAUAAUUUAGCUGAGGAAGAGCAGGAAGAUCUAAGUACAAAAGUGAGUGAGCUGAUCAAAGAGCAUUUAAAUUUGGAUGUUAGCUUUAUCAGGAUUCACAGAAAUGGUCAGAGAUCAACGGGAAACUCUAGGCCUAGGUCAAUUACGGGGAAAUUACAUAAUUAUAGUGACAAAGAUCUUAUUCUCCAAGCAAUGCGCCAAAAGAGGGAAGAUGGCACCACUGACAACAUGCCGUUUUAUAUCACACCGCAGACUCAUCUGCAAAUUAAUGAAAAUAAAAAUAAACUGCAAGAGAUAAAUGCUAAGUAUAGAGAGGAAAAUGUGAAAACAAAGAUUGUGGGGAACAAGCUCGUAUUCCCGUAUGGAUCUGUGUACCGGGAUAAGGUUCUACCACCAAGAGCCGAGGACCUCCUGAUGCUCGACAGAGAAGAAAUUGAGAAACUAGAAGAAGUUGAUGUUAAUAAGAGUGAUACGGUUACAGAGGAUGGGAAUGUCUUUACAUCGUUGGUUGCAGAAAUUCAAACAUAUGCACAAGUUAGGAACUUGUACAAAAACGUCUUGCGCAAUCCAGAUUAUGCUUGUGCUAAUCAUAACAUUUUAGUGUAUAGGUUCAAAGAUGCACAGGGGCGAGUUCACGAUGGUUACUGUGACAACGGGGAGUAUGGAGCCGGGCGUCGAAUGCUGAAGGUACUUGUUAGUGCGGAAGCAUCAAAUGCUGCAAUUAUUAUUUCGAGGAAAAAUGCCAGGCAUUUGGGACCCCGUCGCUUUGAAAUUAUGAGUGAACUUGUCAAAAAAAGCGGUUAG